UGUUUUUUAACGCUCAUGAAACAUUUAAGUUAAAAAGAGAACUUAAACUUAAGAUUUAGAAAAAUAAAAUGUGGACGGAGUGUGGUGUUACCCUGAUGUUUUGUUGUUUUGUUGCACUCUCAUUGGCUGAAAUGGAAGAUGGGGUCUCCUACGUUGUUGGUGCUGGUAAACGAGAUUGUUUUUACAGAGACUUAAAGAAAGGAGACAGAAUGGAUUUUGAUUUACAGGUUAUCAGUGGAGCCGAUGUUGACAUCAGUUUAGUGAUCACAUCGGCAAGUGGGAAGGAAUUGUUACGUGAAGACCAACAAACUGAAAUUAGUCAAGAAGUCCAAAUAGACCAAGAUGGUCCUGUGGAAAUAUGUUUUGAUAAUACGUUUAGUACUUUCUCAGAGAAAGUGAUCUACUUUGAUCUUGGUAUUGAAGAACUUCAAAAAACCAACAGUGAAGAACAGUUUAAGGAUAUGGCACUAGAAAAGGACCAAUACGAACAUAGUAGUGAGAUAAUGACGGCGUUAGAUGGAAUUGGAAUGAAGUUUGAAACGAUCGCACAAAUGCAAGCCGUGGUGCGGUCUAAGUACAUGCGUCACGCGUACCUACAAGAUCGUAACUUAUGGCGGGUCACGUGGUUUUCUACAGCCUCCUGCGUGAUCAUGGUUUCUGUGGGUAUUUUACAAGUAGUUUUAAUACGAAAUUUAUUUGAAACAAAAAGUAGUAAAGGAAUGCAGAGUAAACUUUAACAUAUGUAUUUAUUUAUUUAUAAUGUAUUACAGUAGACUACUGGUUGUACGAACCUCAAAGAGAACAACAGACUAAAUAUUUAUAAAAAACUUUUAGACUUAUUAUCCACGGUUAGCGUGUAUAAUUUUUUUUAAACAUUUUUAGCGAAGAGCGUCGAAAUAAUGAAAGAUGGAAACAUAUAGUGUUCAAGUGAUCAAGAGUCUACUGUAAAAUUUAAAUUUAAAACCAAUUUACCAAAAUUAACACGCGUUUUUAUAAAAUAUGUAUUUGAAAACAUCAACCUAGGAUGGUACAUUUCACCUUAUUUUUGUCAUUUCACACAACUUUUUUUAAAUUGUGCAGUAACGUGGAAGCGAUUUUGAUGAAUUGUGUUAGUGUUCGCAAUGAAUUGUGGUUUUGUUUGCAAAUGAAUUGUGGUCAUACGUUUUUAUACUAUUGUUUUAUCGUAGGUUCUAUGUGUGUUAAUAUACGGUACCCGCAAUGAUUUUCAAACUUCAAACAAACACGCCGACUAGGAUCUUACGAAAACAGUUUUGUCGACCAUUUUUUCUUUGCCAUCUACAACGUUUUU